UUUGGCGGGGCAAUUGGUGUGGCAUGAUCUCCAAACUCUAGAUCUUGAAUUCGCCUCUUUUCAAUACCAAUUUUGCACCAUGGCGCCGUAUUUUGGUCUCCGCGGCCCUUCGCUGAAUAGGGCUAUCAUGUGGUUGGUCGUGUGCCCGGCCUUUGUGACUUAUGGAUACAAUCAAGGUGUGAUGGGAGGUCUGUUGACCCUGCAAUCCUUCUCCGAGACCUUCCCACAAAUGAACACUCUCACUGCAACCGACGCAGAGAAGACCUAUAACUCUACGAUUCAAGGGCGCGGAUUAGCCCCAGAUGCUUGGUAUCUCCAGCGCUUGACUCAUUUCUCAUGCUACGCUCUUCCAGGCACGGUCGUCGCACUAUAUACUGUUGGUGGAAUAUUUGGUUCGCUGUCAUGCAUUCAAUUCGGUGACAGACUCGGCCGCCGGAAGGUCAUCCUGUUCACCUCCUUCAUCUCGAUGAUUGGCGCUAUCUUGAUGGCAACUUCCUUCUCCCUUGCACAAUUUAUCGUCGCACGACUCGUCCUCGGAUAUGGCACUGGUGGCUAUGUCGCUACCGUGCCUGUCUGGCAAUCCGAGAUCUCGAAGCCCAACAAACGUGGCGCUCACGUAGUGACUGACGGUCUCUUCAUCGGCGCCGGUAUCACCUUCUCUCUCUGGGUCGACUUCGGCUUCUACUUCGUUAAGACCAACUCUGUUUCCUGGCGAUUCCCCUUGGUCUUUCAGGUCCUCCUUUCGCUUAUGGUCAUGUGCUUUGUGAUGCUCUUCCCUGAAUCGCCCCGGUGGCUAGUGAAAAGAGGUCGCACGGAAGAGGCACGGGAGAUCAUGGCCGCGCUCGACGACGUGGACCCUCAGUCGGAACAGAUCACCCUCGAUAUUCGCGAUAUCGAGACCUCCCUAGCCCUUUCCGGAACCGGUUCAUGGAAGGAUAUGCUGAAGAUGGGCGAGCAGCGACUGUUCCACCGCACUGUUCUCGCCUGUAUGGGGCAAAUGUUCCAGCAGAUGUGUGGAAUCAAUCUCAUCACCUUCUACGCCACGACCAUCUUCGAACAAUAUCUCAAGCUCGAUCCCGUCCAGUCUCGUAUUCUCGCCGCAUCCAUGUGCCUAACACAGCCGCUGGGUGGCUUACUGGCCUAUUUCACCAUUGAUCGUCUCGGUCGCCGCGUGCUCAUGCUGUGGAGUGCUGCCGGCAUGUCGGUGUCGAUGGCCAUCCUAGCUGGCACUACUUCCCUCCAAAACAACACCGGCAGCUUGGUCUGCGCCGUAGUAUUCCUUUUCGUCUUUGAAUUCAUCUUCACGGUCGGUUACUCAGGCUUAACCUUCCUAUACGCUACAGAGGUCGCUCCCCUCCAAUGCCGAGCAUCUAUCAGCGCCAUCUCCUCCGCCGCUGUCUGGACGUUCAACUUCCUCCUCGCUGAGGUCACGCCCAUCGGCUUCGCUACCAUAGACUGGCAAUACUAUAUUAUCUUCGCCGUGCUGAACGCCGCCAUCGUGCCGACUGUCUACUUCCUCUUCCCGGAGACUAACGGCCGCACCCUCGAGGAAAUCGAUGAAAUCUUCUUGCAGUCGCGUAGUAUCUUCGAUCCGCCCCGCAUUGCUCGCUCGCUUCCCCGAAUGCACGUUGCAGAGGUUCACGGUAUCGAUUCCAAGGAUGUUGGAAGUGGCGAUGAUGCCACGGCUGAGAAGCCCAAGGUGUAA